AUGGAAGAUAGUUUUGAAUAUCGAACAGCAUCAGGAGGAGGAGGGGGGAUGAGCGACGGUGAAUAUAUAUAUAACCAAGAUGAAGAUGAUGACGAUGAUUUAACAAACACCGACACUGAUAGUAGUAUCGAUCAUAUCGUGCAAUACAAGAUACCACACGGUCACAGGCAUCAUCAACAAGGUGAAAUAUAUCAUAAACACCAUCAACAUCAUCACCAAAAUAGAAAUGGUAGUCGACACAGCCGAGAGUUUCAUAUUAAUUAUCAAGAUGACUUGUCUAUGCAUUUACCAACAUCAAACAAUUCCAGUGGAAAUAAUAAUGCACUCAAGAAAAGACAAAGUAUCAAUCAAGCAGAUUCAUUUGUCUAUUCAGCCGAUGAUAUAGAUAUCCAAGAGGAUGAUGAUGAUGAUCAUGACGACGAAUUAUUCGAUGUAGACGAAUACGAAAAUAAUAGUAAUCUUAGUGCUAUCAAUGGUGAUAAUACAGAGGAUAGUUCCAUUGCUUCAACUCUUACCAAUACAACUAAUAAUAUGACAACUACCAAUACAACGACUACCAAUACGAAUACAAAUACAAAUACAACAACAACAAAUACCAACAAUAAUCAUAAUAGACAACACCGAUCAAGUAUAAGUUCACUCAACACUAGAAAUAUAGUUAGUUCCAAUUCCAACCUUAAUCAUUCCACUCCAAAUUUCCCUGCACCCAAUCCCGACCUACUUACAACCAGUACCACAUCGACUACCAGUACAACAACCAACAACAACAAUAAUAAUAAUAAUAAUAAUGGCAAUACUACCAACCGAGGUAGAAAGAGUCUCUAUCAAGCAACAACACAUAGAGUAAAGAAUGCACUUGGAUUCUCACCAUUAUUUAUGAGACGUACAACACAACAAAAUCUCAACAAUCUCAAUCAUCCAUCCAUCCAAAGAACCAAUAGUACAAUCUUGGAAAAAUAUCUUUAUAAGAAAACUUAUUUUUCAAGAGAAGAAUUACAUAGAUUAUAUAAUAUAUUUAAAAAAGAAGAAAUUUCAAAUAUUGAUUUCUCCGAGUUUCUUAUAUUCCAAGGUUUGUCGUUUUUGGUUCAUUUGCCACAUGGUGUUGAUAUUUUGACAAAGUUGAUUCUAGAAUAUGACGAAAUGUUGAGCCUAAUGGACCGAGGCAGCAAAAGUCUACAUGCAUCGACCAUCAGCAACAAUGAAGAGGAUGCAAUCGGUGGAGAAUUUGAUGUCGAAGGUACUGUUAGACAACAAUUGGAACACAUCAAGAAUUUCAAUGUCUACAGUGACAUGAAGCUAAACAACGAAUCAUUUAGUUCACUCAACACCUCUUCACUCGUUCUUCGUUGGAGAACUGCUAUCGAUGGACUCACCGAAUGUCUAUUUACCUAUAUGAGAAAGAAAUAUGCUGUCCCACCUCAUAAAAAUCCUUCCAUAUCUCAAAUCAUUGAUAUUGUUUCAAUUAUGACAAGAGGAACUUAUAAAGAAAAAUCAGAACUUGUUUUUAAAAUGUGUAAAAAGAAAUCAGAAGAUGGUAUUUAUAAAUCGGAAUUAAUGGAAUUGGUAAAAUUGGUUGAUUCCUUGACUGUCGUAAAUGAAUUUGGUUAUGGUAAUAUUGGUACACCAGACGAAAUUGUAAAUAAUAUAUUUAAAGAAUCAUAUAGUAAUUAUAAUUCAUUAAAGGCAGGAACUACACCGUCUCAACUUGUAAAAGAAAGUAGUAAAUCUGAACAAAAAGUCAAUAGUCAUUUAUUACAUGAUCUAUUUUUAAAACGUUCAUCAAUCAAUGCAGAUGUUCCAAGAUGUUUUGGUUAUUUUGAUUUAAUUUAUGCUUGUUUUGUUAAACCAAUUGAAAUUAAUAAUACGCAAUCAUUUUCAAGUUGGUUAUAUAAAGUUAAAUAUAUUGGAGUUUUUAAAUAUGCUUAUUCUCUUAGAUAUUUUGAUUGUAGAGAUGGAUUUUUAAUUGCUUACAAGAGAUUAAGAUUGAAUAAAAAUGUACCAUCAAAAGUAAUAUGUUUAUUUAAUACAAGUGUUAAAGUAUUACCAAAAGAACAUCCAAAUCAUCAUAAACAUGGAUCAAUUUUAAAGACGAUAUUUAGAACUGGUAACAAAGAGAUUGAUGAAAGUAAAGACGCAACCGAUUUUGUGUUGGAACUCAACGACAAGGAACACACCUUUAUUGCAUUGUCAUCAUCAAAAGCAGCCAAUUUCAUCAAUUCCAUUCGUUCAAAUUCCAAAGGAUCAUAUAGAUUCCAUUCAUAUGCAUCACCACGUGACGAUAUCAAUGUCGACUAUAUCAUUAAUGGUCAAGACUACUUUAAACGUAUCUAUCAUGCCAUCAAGAAUGCAAAGAAUGAAAUAUUUAUUGCUGGUUGGUGUAUAUCGCCCACACUUACUUUGGUUCGUGGUGAAGAUCGUGAUGAUGAAGACGUUCGUGGUCAUCUCUACCGUCUUGACCAUCUCCUCUACAAAAAGGCAGCCGAAGGUGUAAAGAUUUAUAUUCUCAUUUGGGAUGAAACCAUUAUUGCCGGUGAUCUUGGAAGUAGAUUCGUUAAAUCACUCUUUGAAAAGUUACACAGUCGUAACAUCAAGGUUGUCCGUCAUCCACAUCUCCUUCCACUCUCUUGGUCACAUCAUCAAAAGAUUGUAGUCAUUGAUCAAAGUUUAGCAUAUCUAGGUGGUAUGGAUUUAUGUUUUGGUAGAUAUGAUACUACAAAUUAUUAUUUAAAUGAUAAUAGAGAAUUAAUAUUUCCAGGAGCAGAUUAUAUUAAUAGUUGUGUAUUAAAACCAAAAUCAAAUGAAAAGACAUGUGUUAUUGAUAGAAAGAAUGUACCAAGAAUGCCAUGGCACGAUGUGUCUAUUUCAAUUGAUGGUUUGGCAGCAAGAGAUGUAGCAACCAAUUUUAUCCAAAGAUGGAAUCAUGCCAAGAAUGCAAAUAGAGACUAUAAGAAAUAUCCUUAUCUCAUUCCAACCUCUGAUCCUCUCCCUCCACCAAUUCAAGUUGGUGAAUCCAAAGUUCAAAUUGUUCGUUCUGUCAGUGAUUGGUCAGCAGGACAAUCUUUGGAAAACUCCAUCUACAAGGCAUACAUUAAUCUAAUCAAUAUGUCACAAUACUACAUUUACAUUCAAAAUCAAUUUUUCAUUAGUUCAACUGGUAAUCCUCAACCAAAUAAUCAAAUUGCUUUUGCUAUUAUGAAAAGAAUUGAAAAAGCAAUAAUUUUAAAAGAAAUAUUUAAAGUUAUAAUAUUAAUUCCAAUUCAUAGUGAAGGGGAUUUAUUUACACAAGAGACACAAUUGAUUGUAAAGUGGACAUUGAAAUCGGUUCAAGGAAUCAUCAAUGAAUUGAAUAGCAAGUAUCCACACGUCGAUGUCAAUCAAUACAUGUCUGUCAACUCACUUCGUAAUUGGGGAACCAAUGGCGAGGUGGUCUUUACCGAACAGAUCUAUAUUCACUCCAAGUUGAUGAUUGUAGAUGACCGUGUCACGAUCAUUGGCUCGGCCAACAUCAACGAUCGUUCACUCAACGGAUCAAGAGACAGCGAGAUUUGUGCCGUCAUUGAGGAUCGCGAGAUUGUCGAAUCGAGAAUGAAUGGCCAACUUCACAUGGCCAGUCAUUUUUCACUCAAUCUCCGAUGCCAGCUGUGGGAGUCGCAUCUCGGUCUCCAACCAACCACUGUCAUUGAUGGCAAAGACUCGGAACAUAUCCGUCGUGCCAUCAAGGAUCCACUCGACCAAUGGACCUACGAUGUGCUCUGGCGUCAAACUUCAAAAUCAAACACUGACAUUUAUCAGGCGGCCUUUGGCAAUUACAUCCCAGAGAAUUGUACCAAGAUUUCACAAUACACUCGAGACGGUCGUUUACCUUCCUCUUCACUCAAUCAAUCGAAUCUUGAACAAAUUCAGGGCUAUCUUGUCGAUUUUCCAUUUAAAAUGUUAAUAGACGAUGAAGAACCUGCUUCAAUCUAUUCAGAUAUUAUUACUGAAAUCUAA